GUCCCGAAUGCCACGAAGCACACCAUGAACAGCAAUUUGGGAAGGAAAUUUUGUCCAUUUGCUCAUCAUCUUAUUUUUCACGGUGAUGAAGGAAUGAAGUAAAGUAAGAAUUCAAUCGUGGCGACAAAGAACAUCAUCUUUCAUAAUCAGGAACUUUUUCCUCGGAACAUAUAUUCACGAUCAAAACCGCUUGUCUCGCUAAGACUAUUCUCAUUGUUCGUCGUAUGUGAUCGGAAUCGGAGACUGGGUGUCCCUUAGUUAUUAUCGCCGGAGCAUUUUUGCGGUGUUCCAAAGGUUGUAGCUUUUGGGCAUUCAUGGGUGAUCUUAGAGAGCCCGUCGCGGUGGAACGGAGACCGGUCCCGCGAAUACUAUCACUGUCGCCGACGGCGAACCCGGACUCGUUUUCAAUAGGGCAGGAGCGUUGGACCGCGGCGGAGAAAGUCUCCCAAGGCAUCCUUCACAAGGUACAACCAACAGCCGUGUCUGAGGAGCGGAGAAGGGCGGUCAUCGAUUAUGUCCAGAGGUUGGUCCGAGGAUCCCUUGGCUGUGAGGUAUUCCCUUAUGGAUCUGUGCCGCUAAGAACCUAUCUUCCGGAUGGUGACAUUGACUUGACUGCCUUUGGUGGUCCGAUGAUGGAGGAUGCAUUGGCUAAUGAUUUGGUAUCACUUCUUGAAGAAGAAGGGAAAAAUAAGAGUGCAGAGUUCAUAGUAAAAGAUGUGCAACUCAUUCGUGCUGAGGUCAAGCUUGUGAAAUGUAUCAUACAAAAUAUUGUUGUUGACAUUUCCUUCAAUCAGAUAGGUGGUCUAUGCACCCUGUGCUUUCUGGAACAGGUUGAUCAUCUCAUUGGCAAAGAUCAUCUUUUUAAGCGCAGUAUCAUAUUAAUCAAGGCGUGGUGCUAUUAUGAAAGUCGUAUUCUUGGUGCUUAUCACGGCUUGAUAUCUACUUAUGCUUUGGAGACUCUUGUUUUGUACAUCUUUCAUCUGUUCCACUCCACACUAGAUGGACCUUUAGCAGUUCUAUACAGAUUUUUGGAAUACUUUAGCAAGUUUGAAUGGGAGAAGUAUUGUAUUAGCUUAAGUGGUCCAGUCCUCAUAUCAUCUUUGCCGGAAAUUGUGGCCGAGGCACCUGAAAAUGAUGGCAGUGAUUUACUGCUCAGCAGUGAUUUUCUUGUAUAUUCUGCCGUAAAAUUUUCAGUUCCCUCUAGAGGCGUUGACACGAAUUCUCGAACUUUUGCACUUAAGCAUCUUAACAUAGUUGAUCCUCUAAAAGAAAAUAAUAAUCUUGGACGCAGUGUCAGCAAAGGAAAUUUCUUUCGAAUACGGAGUGCUUUUGCAUAUGGUGCUAGGAAGCUUGGGAGAAUACUUCUGCAGUCAGAUUAUAAAAAUAUUGUUGAUGAACUUUGUAAAUUUUUUUCAAACACAUUGGACCGGCAUGGGAGUGGAAAGAGGCCGGAUGUUCGGGAUUUUACUCCUCCACAAAGUGCCUCCAAUGUUGUCUCCCAUACAUAUGCUGCUUUGGAUAUCAAUUCAUCUCAAGUUGAGAAGAUCAAUUAUAGACUAAAAUCCUGUGACCUGACAAGCACUAGCAGAGAUAGAGAUCAAGAGUGCACCAUAGAUGCAUACAAAUCCAAGCAUGCUUCGGUGACUGAUUGGUGUAUAGCAGGGGAUGUAUUGGACCAUCGUCUGCUUGGAGAUGCAAUGGAACUUGCCAGCUCAAUACAUGAAGACCUUAAUUAUUCAAACCAUUUGCACACAUCUUGUCCUAUUUACCCACCUCAUGUCCACCUUAAUAGAUCCACAAGCAAUGGGGAUGUCAAAUGGGGGAACUCAGAUGGAAAGCAUAAAGGCUAUUUUUCUGGGUUAAGCUUAAAACAAAGCUCCAAUGACGGAAAGGGCUUGGAGAAGAAUCUUUCAAUCAAUAAUCAUGACUUUUUUAUUCCCUCUGUAAUAAAAGAUGCUCCUUUGGUCACCAAAACACCUGGUUCCUCUAAUGGCUCACAUCACAUGGAACAAGACUGGCCUAAAACAAUUAAUGGUGCAAGUAUGCAGUCUUUGCAUUCAUUGCUGGAUCUUAGUGGCGACUUCAACUAUUAUUUCAACUGUCUGCAAUAUGGCAGAUGGUGUCAUGAGUACACUUCAAACAUACUAACUUUCCCUGCUCCUACGUCACCAUCAUCUUCACUGUACGUUACAUAUUCAUGGGAUUCAGUUCAGCAGCCAAUACAGGUCAAAAGGAAUGGCUUUCUCCAUGGGAGUGUCAACAGUAUUAUUCCUAGUCAAGCCUUCUAUACAGUGAACCCUCUGUCAGUACCCAGUCUGGCUUUUGGCUUAGAAGAGAUUCCAAAACCACGGGGAACUGGAACUUACUUUCCGAGCAUGAGUCAAUCUCCCAAAGGUUAUAGAUCAUCUUCAUCUUGGAAGGGAAGGAGUCAACCCACGACAAGGUCUCCUCGGAACACAAAUGGAAGGAAUGCACAGCCAUUUACCGAGACAUCUACACAUGAGAGAAGCAGCCAUGAACAACCACCACAACCAGAAUCGCCACAUGCUGCUUCUGAUCAAAGUGUUAUAAAUCAGUCAGCUUCACCUCGUGGCAGCGGGGCACACCCUAGUGUCAAUAAGAUUGACCUAGUGUCCCACUCUGAGGGAGCUACAACUGGUUUUGGGUCAGUUGAGGAUAUUCCAGCAAGGGCUUUCUCGUUAGAACAAAGCCGGCAAAGAAGGCAUUCCCAUACACCACCUUUACAACAUCCCACUCCAUCUUCUCCUACUUUGAGGUCAAAUCUAUCAAAACCAACCUCUAGUCGGGAUCAUGGUGGUAAUAGUGUAUAACACACUAAUAUCUGUAAUUUAUUUCUCCGCCUUUUCCCUUUUCGUGUGUGUAUGUAAGAAAGAGCAUUCUUACUGCAAGAAGCUUCCAGGGUUUAACCGGACCUUCCCACGACCCUGCGAUACUUUAUACGAGUCAUUCCUUAAGGUACGACGUGCCUUGUAUGGUUUUCUUGGUUUAGACUGAAGGGCUCCUGUUGGUCGGCGUACCAGGAACACCCUUCAAAUAUCGGACCUUGUAAGUAGGGAGGGGUUUAUAGGUCUUUUGCUAACUAAAGAAAUCUUGAGCCCGUGAAUUUCUCAGUGGCUCCUACAGUGUUUGUAAUUUGUAAUCAAAGGAUUCCUGUAACAUUUAGAACUAAUUAAUCUUCACCAGCUUCAGUGCAAUUGGUUCAUGUAAGGCCUUGUCUAACGUUGAAUAAUCUCUUACUCUGCAAAGUCCACUGUCCCUUGCAUUGAACCUAAGGUAUUUUGUUAAGGUAGUGUAUAUCACAAUGCUGCAAUUAUUAUAAUAUUCACAAGAGGGAAAUGAUAUUAAGAUCAUUG